AUGAUAUAACAGGACCCUUAGGAUAAUUUAAGUCUAAAGAUUCUUCUUUAAUCAUCAAUCAAAUUUAAAACUGAAACUUAAAGUAAAUUUAUUUAGAAGUUAAUACCAUUAAAUGAAAAUUAAAUAUUUCUUUAUUUUGAAGGUAGCCUUUAUGAAUUAUAUGAUAUUGAAUCAUAAUAAAUUAUAGGCAAAGGAUAAAUCGCUAAUGAUGUCAAAUAUUUCACUUAAAUAUAUCCAUAGUAUAUUAUAACAUUAUAAAUAGAACUUUAUGUUUUCUUGACCCAGAAGAUAUGAAAGUUAAAUUACUUGAUCUUAAAACUCAUCAAAUCAAUUAAUCAUUUGUUUUUGCUGCUAGUAAUGUUGUUAAAUAAAAUAGUGAUAAACAAUUAAAAGAUGCUUUAUCUGAUAGUAAUUAAAUAAUUUAUUCAUAGAAUUUCGUAUUAUGAUAUUAGAUAGAGAAUGUGAUAAUGUUCGAUAUCUUAUUACUUAAGAUUUAGAAAAAUAAUAUUCAAAUAAUAAUAUAUGUCACUUUAUUAUUAGAAUCAUCCCUCAAAAAUACACACAUGAAAGUGAAUUUAAUCUCAAUCCUGUUUUUGAAUAUAACUAUCCUAAUUAAACAGGAUAAACUGAUUUAAAUAACUGGUAAGUUGAUCAAGAAACAUUUGCUGUUUAUGGAUAAGAUUUUGAAGUUGGUUUAGCAGAAAUCUUAUUGAUUAAACCACAUCUAAUGGAUAAAGCAUUCUACAUUAUUCAUAUUAAAGAUGAUAUUUCUUUCACAUUAAUAAAUGUUACUAAUUGGAUACAUCCUCAUUUAAUUGCUUUAUGGUAAAAUAAUAACGAUGGUAAUGCUAAACCUACUAUUUUUACAAUUGAUAUAAGAUCUUAUUAUAAUGGCUAAAAUUGGUUACCUGAACCAGAUUAUAAUGCCACUAAAGUAAAUUAUUCAAUUAUCUAAUAUUUAAGGUAAGGGAUGAUUAUGUUGGUGAUUAACCUGUUACUUUUAUAGAUAUCUAUCAAUUUUAAUUAUUAUAAACAUAUGUUUUAUAAUUUAGAUUAAUUGGAAAUGAUCCAAAAAUUUCAUUAAUUAAUUAUGCCAAUAUUGAUAAACCUGAUUUAAUUAAUGAAUUAAAAAUAGCUGACUUUUUCAAUGAAUUACCAUCAAAUAGAUCAUAUUUGUUGUUAUAUAAUGAUGUAGAGUAAAAUAUAUAAAAUAAUAUUAGAGUAAAGAAUGGAAUUGUAGAGUUUAAUAUUGUGUUUCCAGUUGAUGCAAGACAUUAAUUAUUAUAAAUUAUGGAAAAAGCAAAAAUAAUGGAUAAAUAUGGAAUAAAUAAUGUUGAAGAAUUAUUUGAAUUUUAUUAAUGA